AUGUUGUUCAGAGCAGUAGUGCAGCACGCCCUCAGGCAGGGAAAGAGCCGAGCUGGGGCUCCGGUGGCCCUGCUGCCCGGCGUCGGCGUCGUCGCCGCCGGCCGCUUCUCCACGGCCGCAGCAGAUGACUCGCAAAGGCUGGCCGGGAAGGUGGCCCUGAUCACGGGCGCCGCGAGCGGCAUCGGUGCGGCGACGGCGCGGGAGUUCGUCCGCCACGGCGCCAAGGUGGUGCUAGCGGACGUCCAGGACGACCAGGGCCGCGCGCUGGCCGCGGAGCUGGGCGCCUCCGCAGCCUCCUACACCCGCUGCGACGUGACGGACGAGGCCCAGGUGUCCGCGGCCGUGGACCUGGCCGUGGCGCGGCACGGCGCGCUGGACGUCGCCUUCUGGAACGCCGGGGUCGUGGGGUCCCUGUCCCGCCCACCGAUGGGCGCGCUGGACCUCGCCGACUUCGACUGCGUCAUGGCGGUCAACACGCGGGGCGUGGUGGCCGGGGUCAAGCACGCCGCGCGGGUCAUGGUGCCGCGCCGCACGGGUAGCAUCAUCUGCACCGCUAGCAUCGCCGGCGUGCUCGGCUCCGUCGCGCCCCACCCUUACAGCGUAUCCAAGGCGGCCGUGGUGGGCCUCGUGCGCGCCGUCGCCGGGGAGCUCGCGCGCUCCGGCGUGCGCGUCAACGCCGUCUCGCCUAACUAUAUAGCUACGCCGCUCGUCAUGCGUAUCCUCCAGGAGUGGUACCCGGAGCGGAGCGCCGACGAGCAUAGGCUCAUCGUGGAGAAGAGCAUCAACGAGAUGGAGGGCGUGGUGCUCCAGCCCGAAGAUAUCGCCAGGGCGGCGCUGUACCUGGCCUCCGACGAGUCCAAGUACGUCAACGGACACAACCUCGUCGUCGACGGCGGGUUCACGGUGGGGAAGGUGCCCAACAUGCCGCCAUCUGCGCAGUAA